CUUUUUAGUAUUUUUUCAAAAAAAAAAAAAAUGUCACUUUCUAUAUCCAGUACUUCCUCUGUUCUACUUUAUGUGGCACGAUUCGAAUUUUAGGAGUCAAAACAGUUUAAUUUUGAUCGUGAAUUUGAGCAUGACAUCUUUUAAGUUUCUUAAAAAUAAAAUUUACAUAUUUAGAAACUACCGUAGAAAGUAUUUUAAGUCACGAUAAUUGACAAUUCAAAUGUUUAAAAGAUAUAUGAAAAAAUUAUGGUCAAAAGAAAGACUUGUUUGAAUCUUGAAAUCUGAAAGGUGUCACAUAAAUUGGGACAGAGGGAGUAACUCCUUAGCUUAUUCUUAGUUUUCUAUUACUACUUGCUGUCUCUACUGCUACAGUUUUCUUACUAUCCUAUUGUGUUACUGCGUAUGUUUUAUGAUUGUUGUGUUUCUGCUUUACUUGAGCCAAGGGUCUAUCAGAAAUAACCUCUUUUUCUGCCAAGAUCGGGGUAAGGUCUGCGUACACUCUACCCUCUCCAGGCUCCACUUGUGGGAUUACACCGAGUAUGUUGUUGUUGGGGAGUACACAUUUCAGGAUGUGGAGUUACUGCGACGUGCGAUGACGCACGCAUCAUACUCUGGAGAGAACAACAGAGCUUUGAGCAUUUUGGGUGAGAAGGUAAUUGAGGGUUCGGUUUCUCUGCAAUUGCUCAGCAAGAACAUCGAUAUGUCACCCAAGGAUCUCAACCGGGCUAUUGUGGAUCUAUCUUCCAAUGUGGUAACAUCGUGUGUUGCUGACGGAGAGCGCCUAGAUUUGCAGAAGAUAAUCAGGGUAUCACGGAAGACCAAUUCGUCGGCUCCUGCAGUGGUUUGUGGUGCUUUCCGGGCAAUGUUUGGAGCAAUUGCGAUUGACAAGAGUAGCUUGGAUAGUGCUGGAAAGGUAUUCUUGAGCGUUCAUGGGAAAGGCAUGGAGAAAGCUGUGGCGAUGUAAGUAAAGUGAUGUUGAUGUUGAUGUUGGCUGAUAUAUUUCUAGUCAGAGGGAACUUUGUUUAUUAGAAUGUCUUAAUGAGUUGCCAGCCACUCUGUGUUUAGCUUAGUAUGUGCUAUGUAACUAGUUGACUUGGUAAUAUUUAAACUUAUGCUGUGUAUCUAAAUUGUUUGUGUGCACUGCAAGUGGAGACCUUUUUUUUAUAUAA